CCUCAUCCUUGGUAAACACACAUUUCCGCCCACAGACAGCGCAGAAGGAAGUUUGUCCCCUUGCGCGACCCGGCAUACCUAGGGUUGUUGCUAGGCGCCAACGUCCAUUUCCUGACAUCUGAUUGGAUCUCCUCGAAGACGAGGCGGGACUUUGCCGUGGGGCGCGUGCGUGCCGCAAAGGAUGGAGGAGUCGGAACCCGAGCGGAAGCGGGUUCGCACUGACGAGGCGACUGCCGGAGGAAACCGCUCCGAGGCCGAGGAUGAGGACGACGAGGACUACGUGCCCUAUGUGCCGCUGCGACAGCGCCGGCAGCUACUGCUCCAGAAGCUGCUGCAGCGAAGGCGCAAGGGAGCUGCGGAGGAGGAGCAGCAGGACAGUGGCAGUGAGCCGCGGGGAGAUGAGGACGACAUCCCUCUGGGCCCUCAGUCCAACGUCAGCCUUCUGGAUCAGCACCAGCACCUCAAAGAGAAGGCUGAAGCCCGCAAGGAGUCUGCCAAGGAGAAACAGCUGAAGGAAGAAGAGAAGAUUUUGGAGAGUGUGGCUGAAGGACGAGCCUUGAUGUCAGUGAAGGAGAUGGCCAAGGGCAUCACAUAUGAUGAUCCAAUCAAAACCAGUUGGACACCACCCCGUUACGUCUUGAGCAUGUCUGAGGAGCGACAUGAGCGCGUACGGAAGAAGUAUCACAUCCUGGUAGAGGGAGAUGGUAUCCCACCACCCAUCAAGAGCUUUAAGGAAAUGAAGUUUCCUGCAGCCAUUCUGCGAGGCCUGAAGAAGAAAGGCAUCCUCCAUCCAACACCCAUUCAGAUUCAGGGCAUUCCCACCAUUCUGUCUGGCCGGGACAUGAUUGGUAUUGCCUUCACUGGGUCGGGCAAGACACUGGUGUUUACGCUGCCUGUCAUCAUGUUUUGCCUGGAACAAGAGAAGCGGCUGCCUUUCUCCAAGCGCGAGGGGCCCUACGGACUCAUCAUCUGCCCCUCGCGAGAACUGGCCCGGCAGACCCACGGCAUACUGGAGUACUACUGCCGCCUGCUGCAGGAGGACAGCUCACCUCUCCUGCGCUGUGCACUCUGCAUCGGAGGCAUGUCCGUGAAAGAGCAGAUGGAGACCAUCCGACACGGUGUGCACAUGAUGGUGGCCACACCGGGGAGGCUCAUGGAUUUGCUGCAGAAGAAAAUGGUCAGCCUAGACAUCUGUCGCUACCUGGCCCUGGAUGAGGCUGACCGCAUGAUUGACAUGGGCUUCGAGGGCGACAUCCGCACAAUCUUCUCCUACUUCAAGGGCCAGCGGCAGACUCUGCUCUUCAGUGCCACCAUGCCGAAGAAGAUUCAGAACUUUGCCAAGAGUGCCCUGGUAAAGCCUGUCACCAUCAAUGUGGGGCGUGCUGGAGCCGCCAGCCUGGAUGUCAUCCAGGAGGUGGAGUACGUGAAGGAGGAGGCCAAGAUGGUGUACCUGCUCGAGUGCCUGCAGAAGACACCUCCACCUGUCCUCAUCUUUGCGGAGAAGAAGGCAGAUGUGGAUGCCAUCCAUGAGUACCUGCUGCUCAAGGGGGUUGAGGCUGUGGCCAUUCAUGGGGGCAAAGACCAGGAGGAACGGACCAAGGCCAUAGAGGCAUUCCGGGAGGGCAAGAAGGAUGUCCUAGUAGCCACAGAUGUGGCUUCUAAGGGCCUGGACUUCCCUGCCAUCCAGCACGUCAUUAAUUACGACAUGCCUGAGGAGAUCGAGAAUUACGUGCACCGGAUUGGCCGCACUGGACGCUCAGGAAACACAGGCAUUGCCACCACCUUCAUCAAUAAGGCCUGUGAUGAGUCAGUGCUCAUGGAUCUCAAGGCUCUGCUACUAGAGGCCAAGCAGAAGGUGCCACCUGUGCUGCAGGUGCUGCACUGUGGAGACGAGUCCAUGCUGGACAUUGGAGGAGAGCGUGGCUGUGCCUUCUGCGGGGGCCUGGGUCAUCGGAUCACUGACUGCCCCAAACUCGAGGCUAUGCAGACCAAGCAGGUCAGCAACAUCGGCCGCAAAGACUACCUGGCCCACAGCUCCAUGGACUUCUGAGCCAUCUGUCUUCCCUCCUCCUCUCUCCAAGAGGCCUAAGUUCCAGGACUCCAGACACACACACACACACACCCGCUGGACAAGAAGCCAGCAUCCCUGGCCCAGCUGGCCUGGGUGCUUUCCUGUGCCCUUAGAAUUACUAUUUUUGCUCCCCUCUCCCCCAGCUGCCAUUAAAGCACAAGUCCCUCUA